GGACCCGGCCCGGCCAUGGACGAGCAAGCGGGGCCCGGCGUCUUUUUCAGCAACAACAACAACAACAACGCGCUGCUGCUGCCGCCGCCGGCGGGCGGGCCGGGGCUCGAGCCGGGCGAGGCGGCGGCAGCGGCGGCCGCCGCGGCGGCAGCGGGAGGAGGCGGCGGCGGCGGGGGGGUCGCAGCCUCCGGAGCCGCCGCGCCGCUGUCGGCGUCCCGGGCUCAGUACAGCGUGCCGGGCAUCCUGCAUUUCCUGCAGCACGAGUGGGGCCGCUUCGAGGCGGAGCGCGCCGAGUGGGAGGCGGAGCGGGCGGAGCUGCAGGCCCAGAUUGCCUUUCUUCAAGGUGAAAGGAAAGGACAGGAAAAUCUGAAGAAGGAUCUAGUGAGAAGAAUCAAAAUGCUGGAAUAUGCACUUAAACAGGAAAGGGCUAAAUAUCACAAAUUAAAAUAUGGCACAGAAUUGAAUCAGGGAGAUAUGAAGCCACCAAACUAUGAUUCAGAUGAAGGGAAUGAGGCAGAGAUUCAGCCACAACAGAAUAGUCAGCUAAUAUGGAAACAAGGACGACAGCUGCUAAGACAGUAUCUGCAAGAAGUGGGCUACACCGACACAAUAUUGGAUGUGAAGUCAAAACGAGUGCGAGCUUUAUUGGGCCUCUCAAGUGAUGCUUCAGAAAAAGAAAACAGAAAUCAAGAGCCGAUGGUAAAUGGCACAGAGGGCGAGAUUAAAGAAAGCACAAUGAUCGGGAAACCUGAAUUGACUGACUCUGCCUCUCUGCUAGAGACGUUCAAGUUUCUUGAAAAUGCAGCUGCAGAAUUUAGUGAUGAAGAAGAUGAAGAAGAUAUUGAAGGAAGAGAGAAAACAAUCAUUGAUACCGCAACAAUUGUAAGGAAAAGAGUGCUAUCUGAGAGCAGUGAAGACAGAGAUACAGAAGAGGCUUUGAAAGAGUUUGACUUUCUGGUUACUUCAGAUGAUGGUGAUGGGGAAUCAAGAAGUUCAGGAGAUGGAACAGACUGGGAAAAGGAAGACCAGUGUCUCAUGCCUGAAGCCUGGAAUGUCGACCAGGGAGUUAUAACCAAACUCAAGGAACAAUACAAAAAGGAGCGCAAGGGGAAAAAGGGGGUGAAGAGAAAAACUACCGAAGAUAUGUUUCAGCCUCAAUCCUAUAUAAAACAGUCAAAACAGGGAUGUGGGAAAAUGAUGGAGCAAAGCACAGGGCCCAACAGGUCAAAGCUGCAAGAUAUGCUUGCAAACUUGAGAGAUGUUGAUGAUCUCCCUUCGUUACAGCCAUCUGUUGCACCUUCUUCUAGGCCCAGUAGCUCAAGGCUCAUUGAACAUGAGAUAAACAGGACGGAUGAAGUGGAAGCUUUAACAUUCCCGCCUUCUUCAGGGAAAUCUUUCAUUAUGGGAGCAGAUGAAGCUCUUGAAAAUGAACUGGGUCUUGGAGAACUGGCAGGCCUUACUGUAGCAAAUGAGGCAGAUUCGCUGACUUAUGAUAUAGCCAACAAUAAGGAUGCAUUGAGAAAGACUUGGAACCCCAAAUUUACAUUAAGAAGUCACUUUGAUGGAAUAAGAGGUCUCGCUUUUCAUCCGGUUGAACCAGUCUUAAUAACAGCUUCAGAGGACCAUACAUUAAAAAUGUGGAAUUUACAAAAAACAGCCCCAGCAAAAAAGAGUGCUUCUCUUGAUGUAGAGCCAAUAUACACCUUCAGAGCACAUAGUGGACCAGUGCUCUGUGUGGUGAUGAGCACUAAUGGUGAACAGUGUUACAGUGGGGGAACAGAUGGCCUUAUCCAUGGCUGGAACACAACCAACCCGAACAUUGACCCCUAUGACUCUUAUGAUCCUUCUGUUCUAAGAGGUGCUUUUGUAGGCCAUACUGAUGCAGUGUGGGGUCUGGUUUACAGUGGAGCCCACCAGCGAUUGCUGUCUUGUUCAGCAGACGGCACCAUACGUUUAUGGAAAGCUACAGAAAUUGCUCCAGCUCUCAAUAUAUUUAAUGAUAAUCAAGAAAUGGGAAUCCCUUCCUCGGUAGAUCUUGUGAGCAGUGACCCAAGCCUCAUGGUAGCAUCAUUUAACAGUGGACACACUAGCAUUUUUAACAUGGAGACACGGCAACGAAUUCUUACCCUGGAGUCCAGUGUGGAUACAACAAUCAGUUCCUCCUGUCAGAUAAACAGAGUCAUCAGCCAUCCAACUCUUCCAAUUAGUAUCACUGCUCAUGAAGACAGACACAUCAAAUUCUAUGACAACAAUACAGGAAAACUGAUCCACUCCAUGGUAGCUCACUUAGAUGCAGUUACAAGUUUAGCUGUUGAUCCUAAUGGCUUGUAUUUGAUGUCUGGCAGUCAUGACUGCUCUAUUCGCCUGUGGAAUCUUGAAAGCAAGACGUGCAUCCAAGAAUUUACUGCUCAUCGCAAAAAAUUUGAUGAGUCCAUUCAUGAUGUGGCAUUCCACCCCUCCAAAUGUUAUAUUGCCAGUGCAGGAGCUGAUGCCCUGGCUAAAGUGUUUGUAUGACAGAGUGCUUCCUGUUCAACUUUAGCUUUGUAUAUAUUUAACCAGCUGCACAAAGAGAAGAGGAGGGCAUGAGUUGUUUUAUCUUGCCCUGUAAUUCAGAGAAUGUUUGUAAGUGUUUAGUUUUGCAGGGUGCUGUUUUCUAAAUUGACAUUUGCUCUGAUUUCUGUGAGCUCAGCUGGUGCUGAGAGCUUGGAAUCUCUCAGUUUCACAUAGUUAAAAAAAAAAAAAAAUAAAUGCUUUUAUUUUAGAGGGUGUGAAUUUUCGUCCAGGCAGGCCUUGGGUGAAACUAGGUCUACAUAUUCUCUACUAAUAAAAUGGAGUACUGGAAAGAAGGGGUCUAAUUGCAUCAGGGAGCAGGAAAAGAGGGAAACUUCCUAGGAUGCUUCUCAUUGAGGAAUCUUAAUGUUAAAUCACCUGGAAGAAGUGAUUCAAAGUCAGUUCACAUGCUCAUUACUGUAUCACGUGAGAGGCACUUUGUCAUCCCUUUGGUAUGAAUAAAGUAGAUCUUGUUCAGAGAGCAGUAGCGGAUAGUUAAUCUUAGCCUAAUCUGGUUGCUAGCCUAAGGUAAAUGCAAUUAAAGGAAAGCAGAUUACUAACACAAAAUAAAAUGCAGCAAAGUUUCUGUUACAUCUUCUAUGUUAUACAGUAAAUAUUUAGUUUGCAAAAAAAUUUAUAUAGUUUUUGAAGACUGUAUUAGCAUAUGGCUAGAAGCUGAGCCUUUACUCUAACUCCCAAUUAACAACAGACUGAAGCAGUCUGUAUAUACUGUAGUAGCAAUCUUAACUUAUUCAGAUUUUAACGCUGUUUAUUCUUGGAGAUCUGGCACAAGAAAUUAUCCUAAAGCUUUCCAAAGAAGCUGUCGUACAAUUUAGUUGUCAAACAUUCAUCUCCUCUUCCUGUUUCUGCUAAAAAGGGUAUCAUUCUGGGCAUUAAAAGAUAACAUGAAAUACUUUUUUUGAAGAUUAAACUUAUACCUAAUGCUUUGUAUGAGUCCUGCUAGUGGAAUAGGUGGGAACUAUACAAAACUCCAUCGGUUUGAGAGAUUCUGCUACUUCUAGAGGUAUUUCCCAGCUUCACCAUUUGUGGGACUUUCUAACUUGUCCACUUUGCUGGGUGUAUUCGUGCCAUUGAUUAGGUUACCUGAAGAAUGAGUACUUCUUGUAAUUACUCAACAGAUGUGCUUUGUUUAUCUAUUCAGAGCUUCUCUGUUGACUUGAAUGACAAAUAACUUCUAAUCCAAUCUUUUAGUCUUUUUUCCCCUUCUUAAAAGAAGGUGAGUGGAUUCUUUUCUAUUAUGUGUCAUCAUCAGAAUUAUUACUGUUCAUAAGCAUGAAGUUGGUGUUUUCCUCUAAUGGGAAUGGAAAGCAGAAUUUCUGCUGGAGAUGAUUUCUGGUGCUGAUGUGAGUAGCAAAGAACCCAAUGCAGCUCUUCCUAUACCAGCCUGAGGUUAAGACUGGAAACUGAUAAAUCUUUACCUUUAAACUGACACUUUGUAAACAGAAGUCAUUGAAAGAUAUCAAAAUAGGGUUUGACUGUGUUGUUUUUAGGUGGCAUUAGGGGAUGGGACCACAUUUGAAAGCUGAUCUCAGAGUUUAAAUCAAGUAUAUUUCUUAGGUAAAAGGUUGACCUAUGUGCUGUUUGAGCCUGCAACACAUUCUAUGUACUGCUAAAAUAUCCUGGAAUACCUUUUAUUGCUCAGAAUAUUCAGAAAUGUCACUUCAUGAUAUUGAUAUGCAAUAUAUUUCCGUAGAUAAGAUUAGAACUUUUACCAUGAAACAGAUGACUACGAUAAUAAUACAGAUUAUUUAGUUUUUAUGAAAUGAUUUGGUUGUGAUGGAAAGGGGGAAACUUGGCUGCAAAACUGAGCAUUCAACUUUGUGAGAGUUCUGUGUACUUGACUCAUAUUCUUUCAGUGUCAUUAUUUUAUUUCUUUUUGAAGAGAAAAUUACAAAGAUUUAUUUGAAAAAUUCUAAAAGUUAUGUAUAUUAUAUAUGUGUAUAUAUAUUGUAAACAUGUACUAAAUGUGUCUAGUAAGGGAAGAUUCCAUGGGUGCAUUUUAAUGUUUUAGUAUUAAGAGUUCUCUUGAGUUUGUGUAUACAAAGGAUAAUGGUGUGAGUAUGAAAUGAAUGUUGUGCUUUUGCUUACACAGUACAAUAUGUAGUCACAGUUGUUUAAAUUGCUGUACAUAAAAACUAGUAGGCCAGCAUGCUUGUUUUUAAAGACUGUCAUUCUGAUUACAAUUGGAAUGUAAGACGUGGCUGUUCAAAUGUGAAUUGAAAGAUGUUUCCUUCUCACUAUUGAGCUCUUGCUCAAACUGAAAAGUGAUUUUUUUUUAAAAGCUGGCAAUAGCUAGAGGAUGAGGUGCCUUUAAAAAAAAACAAAAACAAAACAAAUGUAGCCUUACAAAGAGGUUAUGGAGUAUAUAUAUUUUUGUGCUUGUCUUCAUAAUUGAUGUCAAUGUCUUUUUACUGAACUUGCUCACGUACUUGUAGGACUGCAGGGUAUUGUGCAUGAGCCUGUCAGAUCUUCUGAACAUCAUCAUAGGAGAUAGGGUUGAAAAAAUUAUUUAGGUUAUCUAGUCCAUCUGCUUGCUAAAGCAGGGUUGUAGACUUGUGAGUUUUAAUAUUGUCUUGGCCAGUGAGAUUUUAUAUAUGUUCUAAACAAUUAGGCUUCCUUUUGAAGAUUAUUUCAAUGAUUACAUCUCACUGAUGGGAGGAUUUACAUGAUGUUUAGUAGCUCUUUUUUGUAACUUCAUGCCAGUAUUCCGAGCCGUGUUUUGUGCCAUUUUGCAUAUUCCUCAUGGUCUUUGUAAUUUGGAACCUGCAUGCACACAGUGGUCCUGUCUGCAUAUUUCCAGUCCUUUCUGCAUGCUAUUUUUUUUCAGUCUGCUUUUUUUACACAACAUUUUCUUGUUUUGAACUUUUUGGCUCAGUUCUCCAUAUCUUGGUGUUCAUACUACCAUUCCACAUGCAUGAUUUGUUGGACUUAGUCUGAAGGCCAUCUCUUAACUGUGGUUGUUCUUUGGUUGGGUUCAUCCUCUGUAACAUGAUGCUUUUGUGUAGGAAAACCAAACUUCUGUUGUCUCCCAAACCCAAAUCAUAUUUCUUCAUUUCUAACAACUGCUUUAAAUAACUUUGAGAAUUGCUGCUUUUCGAGUUUCUUCUUCACUUUCAGGAUGUUUUUGUGAAUCUUUUGCAGCUAGAGACUUAAUUCCUGUUUCAUGAUUAUCCUGGGUCUUACAAGCUUUGAACUUCUGACCUCUGAGGGCACUAAAUUAUUUUUAUUUGUUCCCUUUAUGUGUGCCCUCCUUCCUGGCUCAAUAUAAUUGGUAACUUUCAUUAAUGUGAUACAUACUUUAAUUGAAAGUGUAAACAAAACUGGACCUAAGGCUUAUUCUUGCAAAAAACAUUUUUCUGCAACAUCAGUAUGUAGCAUUUUAUCAUUACUAUUUUUCCCAUAUCUAAUUUACAUGGUAAAUUCUUUUAAUGGUUAACUCAUAUAUUUUUUUUGUGUAUGUUAGCCUAUGCUACUGAUUUUGGGUUUACUAACUGAUUUAAUGGGAGAAUUUUCAGUUCUUCUGUAUGUUGAAAGUUGGUCUGCUAGUUUUAAGUACUCUCACUUUUAAUUUACUUCACUGUGCUGUUUGCUUUCACAUAUUACCAAAAUGCCUGCUCAGAAUAAUUUGGAGUAGCCUGGAAGAAGCUCUAGAUAUAUUGUGUCACUCUGACCGAGUUGUGGUGUCUGCAUUUAUUUUUGUGCCUCAAAGACAAAACUUUUGACAUACCACAUAAACAAUUUUAUUGCUCUUAAAAGAAUCACCUGAUGAAUAUUUUGGAAUCUCAUUCAUCUUUAUUUUGAUAAACUAUGUUCUUUAGCAAGAAGCCUGUAGAAUUAUUUGCCGCAUACAGUGGAUUAUUUUUUUAGGAUGUAUAUUUUCAAAUAAUGUUAGGUUAAAGCAGUCUCAUAUGUAAUGUGGUUGAGUAAGUGUGUGGUGUUCACCAUACAACUUUGUGAUUAGGUCGUACAACACAAUUUUUCUAUCAUGAAUUUAAAGUAACCAGAAACUUGUCCUUUCCAAUAAAUAUGUGAGAGAUAAAGGGCUUAGUUACACCACCUUUUCAGUACACUUAUUGGAUCACAGAUGUGUCCCCAUUCCUUCCUCCUUAUGUUUUAACAAUGUAGUUUUGGGGAGCAGUGAGUUCCGUAAACUCAUGUGUCAUUUGAGCAGCGUUUAAUGGGCAGAAGUGUUAGUCCAUCUCAAAGGAAACGAAAAAUUGAAAAGGAGGCUUAAUCUUCAGAUAAACAAGUUUGGAUUUUUUUAAAUGCCUUUCAAGAUGUGUAUUUGGGAGCAUUUACAGGCUGUGCCUCAGCAGUGUGUUUGCAGACUGUCCCAGGUAUCCAAAAACCUACUUGAUACCUGUGUGAAGUAUCUAGUAAAUCUGAAUUGCAUUAAGGAAGGAAAUGGUUUCAGGUAAUUUGUGACUCACUUAACAUGUAUUGCUUUUCCAUUUUCUUAUGGGAGACCUGAUAAAAUUCAUGGAAAUAAGUGUGAAAACAUGAUGCUAGUUAUAAUGUAACAUUUAAAAAUAUGCUGAAAUUUGUGGCUGUUUAGUGGAAAUUGGUUUGGACUACACUGUUAGGAAUGAAGAAAUCAGAAUACCUCUUCAAUGUGGUAAAUUGGUCUGUGUAAGAUCUUGUAAUCUUUGACAUGGUAAUAUGAGUUUUCUUGGGCAUCUACUGCUUGCGAGCAUCAUAGGGAUGCACAGUGUAGCUGUUACUGUUGAGUGACAGAGAGGAAGAAAAGAUUUCCAUGAAAAAAAUACCCAGAUAUUUCAGGAAGCUCCAUUUUUUCCAUAAGGACAUGAAGGCAUCGAGAAUGUUUUCUCUAAAUCUGAUAAUGUCUUGGUUGAAGAGGAUUACAACUUGACUCUUCCAUCAUCAAUUUCUUUAGGCUUAGAGGAAACAAGUUGCCUGUAAACUGCCAGUCAAAACCUCUGCUAUGUUUCUGCUGAGUGGCAAAGAAACUGUUGGAAUCCAGUGUUGAUCCAUCCAGUUGUAUCAGGUUUUUCUUAUAAGAAACAACCCCUAUUGUAAAAGAGAUAGUGUUACAUGGAACAGAGCAAACGAACAAACUCCUAGAGAGGACAGAGAGGGACUAGGAUGACUUUUGUGUAAAUAGUCCUUGUUCAGACAAGUGAUCUUGUUUAUUUGGUGGGACUCUUCCCAGCAGGGAGGGUGGUUGGAAAUAGGACCUUUAAAAUAACGUCUCUGCCUGUGCUAGUGAACACAGCUGUUGUGCAGGAUAUCUAUCCUUUUGAUAUCUUUUUUUUUUAGUCUUUCCACUUAAAUCCCACUUUGAGGUUACAUUUUCUGAGAAUCUUAAACUCAUCUGCAGUGAACUCUUCCUGCAGGGUAGAUUUCACAAAGGUCUAUUGAUUUUUUCUCUCUGAGCAUUUUUUCUGGAAGGGUGGUGAGGGUUUCAGCUUCAGCCCUACCCCUCUCACCACCAAAAGACUGAUUUGUACCUCCUUAUUCCCAGUUCAUUUAAUUCUAAUGAGUUAUCUCUUACCCUACCUGCUGACUUAGUUUUGCUGCUCUGUAGUCAGUUGUGAAAGCUUACAAAGUGCGAUAUCAUUUAGGAUGUUUUUGAGAAUCUGAAUUUCACUACAGAAAGCGUAAAUCCAGUUGAAUAGUACAAUUUGUGGGUCUCAGCUGGUUCACUGCCAGGAGAUGUGUUUCUAGAUUCCAAGAUCCAAAGUAUGGCCAAGCUAAAAAGGCAUUUAAUGAUAUAUGCUUUUUAGCCCAACUUUCUUUCUGGUAAAGUGUGGAUUGUGGUAUUGUGCGUUAAACUAAUUUUGCCCUGCUUGUGCUGCCAAGCCAUGCUGUGAUCCUGGGAGAUCACACAGGUGUUUAAACCAUGCCCAUGCAUGUGUUUUCAAGCUGCUCAAAGCCUUGUGUUGACAUGGUCCUCAAGGCCAGUCUCCUUGCAUUCCCCAAGUUUGAACUGCAGGCUCCCGAGUUUGAACUGCAGGCUCCCAAAAUUACUUCCUGGCUAUUUGGAGAAACCUCGGUCCUCAUGCCACAGUAUUAGACUGAAGUGUUGAGAAAAGAUGUAUGCAGCUGGAUUUGUACCAUUCUGAAAGGGAAAGGAUAACUUGUUGCCAAGCCAAAUAUAUUCAUUAUUUUUUGAUUACUUACUAAAAGCAGCCAAAAACAUUGUAUAAGGGAUAAACAAUGGACUUCAAGCUAAUAUUUUUCCAUUAAGAAUUUAUUUUUUUAUUCUUCCUGUCAUCAAGAUAUAGUGCUUUUUUGGAUGUAGCUUGUUUUCAGAUGUAUGGCUCCUAGAAUUGUUUCCUUGCAGUUGGACAUUUACAGACAUGCAUCAGUUUUGAUAACUCUCAUAUGUGUUAGCACUUGUUCUGGAAAUGAAAACUGAGCAUGUUAGCUAAUAAUUUCUUGUACGUUUGUAGCCCAAGCAGACUGAAAAGCGGUCUUGUGCUAUGUUUUCCUUGUAUAGCGCAUCUAAAAAAAAAACUUAGAGAGGGAACUCCAUGAUGAGAUGACUUUUGUUGCUGUAAGCUUUUCUGUUGACAUUUGUCAGCUUAUAAACUAUCUGCAUUGCAUUUUACAUAAUUAUCUUCAAUUGACUGUCAGGUUAAAAAAGAAAUUUUUUUUUGCCAUAUGGACUGUAGUUCAGAUUUUUUGCUGUUGUUAUUGCUUAUAUUAAUAUGUUCUUUUUCCUCUCUAUGAGAAAUAACUUUUGAAUUUAGAGUUACCUGACACUUUAGGAGAAGUUACCACAGGUGAUAACCACUUAAAUGUUAGUAAGUACGGUGGCUCCUCUUCUGUUUUGGGUCUCUUCCAUGGCAAAUGGUUGAUACAAAUAUGCUAUUGUGGAUGAUAUAUAAACAGCUAAGGGAAAUUAAGACUCCCCUUCAGAAGUAUGUUGAGGUUAUGAUUUUUUAUGCCAGUUUUGAAUGACUACUUUGAAACAACGUUGGGCUUCAAAUGUCUUGCAAAAUGUUGAAUCCAAACGAGAAAUACCUACUCUUUGUGUAAUAGUCUGCUUGUCAAUUUUUUUGUGUAUGGCUCAGUACAAGGCUGUAUCAGAAUUUCAAUACCAUGAAAUUACCUUGUUUAAAUGGCACUGUCUUACAAAAGUGAAUUUUAUUUUAAGGGAGAAAUUCUGUUUUCUAAUUUGUGAAGGAAAUAGUUUCCUUGGGAGUAAGCAUCUGUAAGUGUAAUAUAUUUCAUGAUUUUGAAAAGGCUACUUAAUCAUGAGAGAUAGCAAAAGCGAAGAAGUGAUUCUUUCUCUGAAGAUUUGUUAAGCAUUUAUUAUUGUAAGUAUAAAUUUUUUCUUUAAAUGAAAAUCCUUCUUCAAACAAUUAAUAUGAAACUUCUUGCUAAAAUUCAGUAGUUUAAAAUCCUGGAUAAAUAUCUAAAAUGGCAAAGAUAUAAAAUUCACAGGGAGAUUAUUUUGAAAUAUGCCAGUAUAAUUUUGAGCUUCUCAACUGCAGCCCUGAAGUUUCUCUUUUUCACUGCAAUUCAUAUUUUGUGAAACUUUUUGGAUAGGUUAUAUUUAAAGCUACAUUCACUUGCCUGAAUAAGUCAAAUGAAUAUUUUGUCAUUAAAAUUAUAUAGAUCUGCUUAUGUUAGUGUGCCGUUUAAAAUGAGACCUCAUUGAGGUAAACAUGCAGGUAUUUGUAUUGGUAUGACAAUAGUGAAGUGGGGUAUCUGUGUACUGUACCCACAUUCUGUGCUGAGCAAAAUCACAUGGACUUCCAGAAAUAAAAAAUGGUUUUUAAGAACAGCUUUAUUUAAUGUUGCAGCAGCAAGUAAGUGUCAUUUGUACCAUAUAAUUAUGUAAAUUGGGUGCUAAUAAAUACUAUUUUUCAACA